AUCCACCUACACUUCACCAUAAAGUAUGACAUCUCAGAUCAGCUGUGUGGUCGCUGGAGCACAGAACCAUGAUGGAACAACAGUGAAGAAGACCUACGAGAGAGAGAGAGCGGAUUCGUGUCAUGAUGGUGCUCGUAUUGAUUGUCGCAGGUCUUGUGGUUGUCGCGCUGCUCGUGGUUUUAUUCGCACCCCACAUUAGGAAAUACUCUGCAGGUGGAACAUGUAUGUCUGUGGCCCGGUUGGACGGGACAGUCCUGAUUACUGGAGCCAACACUGGUAUUGGCAAGGAGACUGCCUUGGACCUGGCGAUCAGAGGUGCCAGGGUGAUCAUGGCGUGCAGAGAUGUGGAGAAGGGUGAGGAGGCUGCAGCAUCGAUACGACUAUUCUAUUGCAAGGCGAACGUAGAGGUUCGAGAGCUAGACCUGGCUGAUACCAGCUCCAUACGGGUCUUCGUACAACGCUUCUCCGAGGUCAACCACCUCCACAUCCUGAUCAACAAUGCUGGGGUCAUGAUGUGUCCUUACGUGAAGACCAAAGACGGCUUCGAGAUGCAGCUGGGGGUCAACCACCUGGGUCACUUCCUGUUGACGUACCUCCUGAUUGGUCUGCUGAAGCGCAGCGCUCCGGCCCGUAUCGUCGUGGUUUCUUCCCUGGCUCAUAACGUUGGCUGGAUCCGCUUCCAUGACCUCCUCAGCCAGGGCAGCUACAACAGCGGCCUAGCGUACUGCCAGAGCAAGUUGGCCAACCUUCUGUUCGCUAGGGAGCUGGCCCGCAGACUCAAAGGUUCCGGUGUGACUGUAAACUCUGUCCACCCGGGGUUGGUGCGCUCUGAGCUGGUCCGCCACUCCACCAUCAUGUCUCUGCUGUUCUCUCUGUUCUCCUUGUUCCUGAAGAGCCCUCGGGAAGGGGCCCAGACAUCCAUCUACUGCGCCGUGGCAGAGGAGCUGCACUCCCUCACCGGGAAACACUUCAGUGACUGCGCCCCGGCCUCCGUGGCCCCCCAGGGGAGGAACGAGGAGACAGCCAGGAAGCUGUGGGACGCCAGCAGUGAGCUCCUGGGCGUCGUCUGGGACCACUGACCUCAACCACCCUCUAUCAUCAAAACACGGGCUGCAACCCCAAACGCCCUGUAUAGGGCACUACUUUUGACCAGGGCCUUGUUCCAAAUCUCAAUUGUUACAGCUAGGGCCCACAGGGCCAUGGUAGAAAGUAGUGCACUAUAAAGGCAAUAGGGUGCCAUUGUGGAUGCCGCCAUGUUCUCUAAUGAGUCUUUGUUUUCAAUCGGAGUACAUAUUUAGCCUUAUCAUUUCAUGACACUACGUAAUCUCAAACUACAGUUAACCCAACAGCACUUGAAUAAUUGGGUAGUAACCAUAGAGGUAUACAGACACCAUUAUGGUAGUAACUGCAAGAUCAAAUGCAUUAUUGUUCUGUCACAGGUCUAGCCAGGGUCAUAACCAGGUCUAGCCAGGGUGUAACCAGYUCGAGCCAGGGUGUAACCAGGGUCAUAACCAGGUCUAGCCAGGGUGUAACCAGGGUCAUAACCAGGUCUAGCCAGGGUCAUAACCAGGUCUAGCCAGGGUGUAACCAGGUCUAGCCAGGGUCAUAACCAGGUCUAGCCAGGGUCAUAACCAGGUCUAGCCAGGGUCGUAACCAGGUCUAGCCAGGGUCGUAACCAGGUCUAGCCAGGGUCAUAACCAGGUCUAGCCAGGGUCAUAACCAGGUCGAGCCAGGGUCAUAACCAGGUCGAGCCAGGGUCAUAACCAGGUCUAGCCAGGGUGUAACCAGGGUAAAUUAUAAACCAGCUGAUUGAGUUUGUAUCAUAUUAUAAAUGGGGUUGCAAAAUUCUUGUAACUUUCACGAAAUGCCAGUUUUCCAAAAUCCUAGUUGGAAGAUGGUUGUAAUUACAGGGGAAUAAGCAAAACACCCAGGAUUUCUGGGAAUUACAGGAAUUUGACAAAUUAUCCUCCAUGUGGAAUCAGAUUUAUUGUUUUGGACCUUUUCCACUCUAGGCUUUAUUAUAUCCCGCUCUUUUCCCCCUCAGCAUUGUUAAGCUACCAAGAUGUCUUUUAUACAAAUGUGAAACAUGCCUUUUUAGUACA